AGUUCAUUCCAGGACAUGUGAGAGUCCGGCGGUAUAAUGACAUCAAAUAUUUGCAUAGAUGAAGAAUAUCGGAUUCCUAGUGAGUAUGAAUGUGAAAGAUGUGAGACGAAAUUUCCUAUUAAGAAAGGUUUCGAGUUUAAUCAAAAUUGCGGGAGGGACGACGAUGGAAACCAAGUUUACGAUACUCACCGCGAAUGUAAAAACGGGACAUUUAACGAUGGGUCGUUCGUCAAAUGCCAAAAAUGUAACUCUUGCCCACCUACGAAGUUGACAGCAUCACGGUGCAGUGCAGAAUCCGAUGUUGUGUGCUGCACAGAAGCAGAGCAUGUUCUAGAUGGACGUUGCAUUGAUCGUCCAGUGAAGACCACUGCGAAGACCAUCCUCAUAACAACUGAGAGUAAAAUGGAUUCCUCAUCUGUCUGGACCACUGAUUCCAUCACUUCCAUCAGUCCCACUUCCACCAGUACCACUUCUACCAGUCUCACUUCCACACUCUCGCCUCCAAAUGACGUGAAUGUGACAGCGAUCUUUAUAACUGUAGGGAUUUUAUCUGUCCUUACAUUGCUUUGUGUGUUGUGGAUCCAGAAGCGGCGGACAAAACGUCGCAAACAAGGAAAGGGAUUCAAUGGGGAAAGGCAGGAAAUCCUGGAGAGCAAAAGCAUUAAUCCAACACCUUUAUUCAGCAUAAUCGACUACGACCGAAAACAGACUCUCAGUGUGAGAGACACUUUCUUUAAACUGUUAGAUCCCGAGGUUCAGGCUGCCCCUCUUAAUACAGUGCUAAACAACCUCGAUGUUCUCGAGGAACUCAUUCUGUUGUUAGACCCAGAUCAGAUCUCUGGUGCUAAGAACACACGUCACCUUGCGGCUCAGUGUUCGUUUUCUUUCGCAUGGAUCAAUUACGCUUACUCCAAGAAGGACCACAAAAGCCCACUCGUCGCUGUCCUGGAGGGAGUCGUCGCCAAGAACCCGGACUGGACUGUUGGCCACCUUGCUGGACUGUUAAGGGGUAUCGGUCGCAAUGAUGCGGUGGAGAUUUUGGCAAAGCUUCAUGCUAGUGAAAAAUAUUAACUGAGGCUGUUCUUCAAAGGGACAGUUCACACAUAAAAAAAACAUCUGAGCCAAAACUCUUUCUUCUGUUGAACACCAAAGAUGACGUUCUGACAUAAAUGUUGUUUGAUCCAAUUAUCUUUCGUGUUACGCUGAAGAAAGUGAAUACAUUAUGAAAGAAUGUUCAUUUUUAGGCAAAUUAACCCUUUAAUAAUACAAAAAACAAAAUGUUCUAUAAUGUACACCAGUAUUAAAAUACAAUUGUUAAAAAAAGGCUAUGAAGGACGACACUCUCAGAGUAUAUAUUCUGUAUGCUAUAAACUUUGCUUAACACUACACAUUCCACAUACCUUAAUCCUGUUUCAAAUAUUACGUGUUUUGUUGUCAUAUUUAGCAUUUUCCUGUAAUUUUAUGUGUGCGUUUUUUGGUAAAACUAGUUUUAUAUUGCUGCUAAAAUAGAUACUAAAUAUUACAACAGUAAUAUUGGCAAAUAUGUCAUUUCAUGUUUUGAAACAAACUCAUCUCUUGAACACGCGAACUCUUUUUAACAGGAAUCCAUCAGCAUUUCUCAAUGGGGCCUGUCAUGUAUCUGUUGAAUUUCAACAGAAAAUUAACCUCACAAGUGACAUGAAGUCAUCUAACAGCAAUGUGAAAGAAAUUUUCUGUUAUUUUGACCUGUUUCUCCUUUUUUAAUUUUCUGCAAAUAAAUGCAAGUAGAAACAA